UUUAGUAAACGCGCAAACCCGUAGAAGUCAACCUGCAGGCAAAUUAUACACUGCGCUAAACAAUUGCCAAUCGUUUUCCGACUUUCCUGAAGGUUCUGCGGAGGUUACCAGCACGAAUUUGCUCACUAAUUCCGCUUAGUUACGGUUCUUUGCCAAAAGAUCGGAGGUGUUUUUCCAGUGCAAACAGCGCGCAAUCAUCUAAAAAUAUUCUCCUCAAAAAUAAUCGACGGUCGGACAAAUGACCAUCGAAACAAUGGCAGGCCACGCGCCAGCUUCUGGAAAUACCCAUGCUGGUGCAUUUGGAGCGGUUGUUUCGUGAUGGGUGAGCAAGAAAUGGAGAAUACCAAUUUUAGGGAGGCGAAAGGCUCAGAAAUGCGGCGACAAAGCCAUCAGCAUUCCCAGUCGCAGACUCAGAGUAGCGAUGAUGAGGGCAGCGCCGCCACCUCAAGCACAGCCCAGAUACUGGAAAGAGUCCAAUCGGACAAAGUGAUCGUCACCAAGCCGGAGGAGGAUCGACGUCGUCGCACCAUAAUAGUGGAGAAGAAAAGCGGGAGUUUUGGCUUCACCAUCCAGAGCUAUGGGAUCCACUACAAGAAGGAGAAGGAAAUCGAAAUGAUCACCUAUGUGGAUUAUGUGGAUUAUGACGGUCCAGCCUACAGAGCGGGAAUGCGCGAAGGCGACGUGAUCCUUUCAAUCAACGGCACUGAUAUGGAGAAAGCCGACCACAAAACGCUGGUAAAUUACAUCAAAAACUGCGAGUCCAGGAUGAGAAUGGUGGUGCUGUUUGAGGACUGCGUCAGGAAGGUGGAGCUCCACAUGCGCUACAUAAAGCUCCAAAACAUCCUCGAAAGCAAAAUGGACGAACUGGAGCGACUGUGCAUCAAAGAGCGCCAACUUCUGGAAGGAAAAUGGAAAACCCACAGCCUUCCAGCCCGGAAAAAGGCCUCGCAGAGCAACAACAGCGGCCCGCCCACCCCCCAAGGUUACUACAGCUUCUGCCGACCGACUGUAUCCACUGAGGACGUUGCCAAAGUGGCCCAAAGAACGCAACCGGCCACUCCGCCUCUAGUAUUCACUUACCAGUACCUGGACAACUCCUACCGCUACUUGCUGCAACCCUCCAACCACUCAAGCGGGGAAUAUUUGCUUACUUUUGAGCCGCAAAGAUACGCUGAUAGUCGGGACCCAAACUUUAUCGUAAAAACGCCGUGCGACUCAACGCCGCCCAAGCAGCCCACCCGAUCUCAGCAGAGCGCAGAAAAGCCCAAAAAAGGCCAUGGACCAUGUCACAGCUACGGAGGCCAUCUAUGCAGUCCAUGCGUCACUGUGAACACCAACAAUGGCGACAACACCAGUCUUGAGGCGUACGACUUGGCCAGUCCAUGUUGCGAUCCACAUUGUGUCCCGGCGCGGCGCAGAUCCAGAAGCCAGAAGAGCGUCCAGGGCCGAAAACGAGAGUCCAAGACUGAAGAAACACAGACUGAACCUCAACAGAUUCCCAGGUCCCGCCCGCACUCCCAAGCGACUCAGAACAGCCCAGUGGUGACGUCGCAAGGCUACAGUUCGGUCCCCAGGCGAUAUUUCCAUAUCGGAGCCGGGCUGGUGAGCCAGUGCAGCCUCCACUCGUGCACCUCCAGUGAGAUCAGCAACGCGGUGCCUACCACUGUAGGGGAAAGCAGCGCCAACAGCUACACCACGUCGCUGAGCACCGACACUCUUUACUGGGAAGGUUCCACUGAGAACGCCUCGCGUCAGCUGAGCCAAAAGAGCAAAGGGGAGAGACAGUCGCAACAGGCGCAGUACGUCCAGUACAACCAGGUGAAGCCCAAGUCCUGGGACAACUUGACCACAAAGGCCUUCGGCGGCUACGGCUUCGGGUAUGGAUGUCUGGACACAUCGGGAAGCAGGUGCAGCCAGAAGAACCACCCAAAGAAGCCCUCCAGCGCCAUGCAGUAUGUGCGGGUGGACAAAAGCGCGCCGCUCUACACGCCGCACACUCAGAGGCGCUACUUCCAUCCGACCAAGUCCACUGAGAGUCUGCUCUCAGCCACGAAGUACCCAAGCGAGAGGCUGACCGAGCCCAGCUUGAGUUGCGAAUGCUUGGAUCCGGGCCUGCCUCCUUCUGAGCCUGCUGGCGACUCCAGGUUCUGCCCGAGCUCCCGCCCGAGACUUCUGAGUCCGACUGAUCCAAACUUGGGGUACUACAGCGCCAGCAGGCGCGCCUCCAGAACGGAGCCUCCAAGUGGAAAACCCCCGGUUACCACCAGUUCUGAAGCCACCCGACUAUGAGGAUGCAGUGGGUUUCCUCGAAUGCUGCCGCUGGAUUGGACAAUUCUUACCCCACUCAAUAUACAGGGUGCCACAAUUAGUAACAUUUUAUGCAGGGGGACUCAAAGUUGCUGUCAUUAGUGUAGAGCCUAGAGGGCUUGUUUGUUGGUAUACAGGGAGGCCACCGAAAGUUGUGAAAAAACAAUAUCUAGAGAUAUUCGGGAAAUGGCGUCAAUUCUUGAAUCGCCCUGAGUCGAAAGUCCACGUAGCUCAAACAACGAAACCUACAAAGAGCCAAAAUCUUAUUUAGCCAGUUUUGCGGCGUUUUUUGUGAGAUUUUUGGCAUUUUUUCCCUGAAAUCUGGCCCUCAAUGGCUAAAACACACAUUAUUCUAGUCAUUUUAUUGGUAAAUAUCAGCACAACAAAUUUUAGCAUUAGGAAGACAAUUGUUUAACGUGCGUGAGAAAACCGGUUUUUGUUAACAGUAGUAACCUAAACAUGUUUCCACGUUUACUGUACUUACUUAUCGGCAAAUUUACCAACUUCAAAGGCAACGAUUGAUGAAAAAACAUGUGCUUGUGCUUAGUUAUAGAAUGUUUAAUAAAAUUUUGUUACAUUGUU